CUCUGUCGACAACAGCAGCCACAGCGAUCGGAGUCGCGCGCGGCGCAAUCACGGUCCUAUGCCUGGUCCUGCACAUGCCCGUUGUGCUCGUGUAUGAAGCUGCCACAUGCACGAUUCGUCCAUUCAGUCGUGCCCAUUUCCGGCGGGCAAUCGGGAGGUGCUUUGCCACGUACGUCGAGAUUAUGGCGUAUUGCUUUCGUCCUUGUGAUCUCAUCGUGUCAGGAGACUUGCCGACCGACACAUCUAAGCCCAUGUUUAUCAUCGCCAACCACCAAGUCGAUGCAGACUGGUGGUACAUUUCCGAACUAAUGCGCGUUCAUGGCGGCGCGGGCAACCUCAAAAUCGCCAUGAAGCACACAUUGCGGUCGUUGCCAAUUCUUGGAACGGGCAUGGCGAUGUUGGAUUUCCUAUUCUUGCGUCGAGAUAUCAAAGUCGACCGGGUCGCGAUUCAAGCAUACAUGCAAAAUUUCGUGCAAGAUAACUUUCCAUUCUGGCUGCUGCUGUUCCCAGAAGGCACGACCAUCUUCAUAGAGUCCAUGGCCAAGUCACACGAGUUUGGCCAGAAACAGAAUCGACCGAUGCUUCAUCGUGUACUCCUGCCGCGCUCAACGGGGCUCAGGCUCAUGCUGGAGGCAUUCAAGGACAGCCCCGUCAAGCCAGACAUAUUGGACAUUACGAUGGCGUUUCCGUCGUACUCGGGGGAAGUGCCGACGUUCGCCAUGGGGUAUGAUCGACACGUGGACGUGCAGUUGCCUUCGAUGAAGAAAAUCGUGAUGGGCCAAGGCCCGUCGAAAGUUCACUUGCACUGCCGCCGCAUCCCGAUGGCGGACGUCGGAGAGAAUGUCGAGGGGUGUCUCGAUCAGUUGUGGGUCGCCAAGGAGGCCUUGCUCAACGAGUUUAUUGAGCACCAGGUACACUUUGGCAACACCACCCCCAACACAAUUUUGAGAUGUACCCUCGACCUUUGCGUGGUGUGUAGUGCUUCGCAUCACAGAAAGACCAGACGCAGGUGCUACGCCCUCAGGCGUCGUGGCGAGCCGUGGGCCACCUCUGGCUCGUCGGGGGAAUGUGUCUGUGCUUCUGGCCCAUCCUUCUUGCAUGUUACUUUGUUGGCGUCGUCGUUCGAGCGGUGUUUGGCGGCAUCAAGAUCGUUCCCAAGUCGCUGUCUCUCCAGUAGCUUAUGGAAGAAAACGCGGAGAGUUUAGUGCGAAUGAAAUACGUCGCUGAUCAAUCCCAAGUUCGUUCUCACGGCAGCAGUCACUGGAGCGUCAACAGUGCUCGUACUCUGGCGCUACAACGUGGAGC